UAACAUUUUUUUUACAUAGGUGACAUAGACAUAGGCCUAUCAGAUUUAUUAGAUGGUCUAGUAAAUAGAAUCUAGAUCUAGACUAUAGACUAAAUUCUAGAUGAAUGCAACUUUUGAUAUCUUAUAGAUCUACUCAGAUAGAUCAGAUAAUAUAGAUCUAUUCUAGUCAUACGACUUGGAAGACUUAGUAAUAUUAAAUAUUAUAUAGAUUCUAGAAAUAAAUUUAAUGUAGACUCUACUCUACAGAGAGUUGAGAGAGUCUAUAGUCUACUCUACUUCUAUUCUACAUUGACUACAUCUAUAGCUAGAUCUAGAUCUACUUAGCUAGUGUUCUAGUAGUGACUUCCCUAGAUUCUGAUCUACGAUAGAGUCUCAUAAAGUAAAGUUUUAAAAAUAGAAAAAAAAAUGUUGCUUGGAAGAUUAAUGCAACGAUUAAUGCCUAUGCGACAUUGCCGACAGCCAUGGAUUUUCGCAUGUAGCAACAUACAUGCACAAGCACAAUGUCAAAAUACAGAUUCUGGCUUCAAACUACAGUACAUCAACAAUAUUGCAUUACUUCAUAUGGACAAGAAUGUGAUGGAUGGCAACUUUGUUAAAAACAUGAAUGUUUUACUGGAUUCUGUUGAGAGUAACAAGUCUUGUUUGGCUCUUGCUACAAUUGGCAAUAGCAAGUUUUACAGUAAUGGGCUUGACCUGAAAUAUAUGGAAACUCUAUCACCAGAAGACCUUGUGACAUUCAUCCAUGAUGCUAAAAGGUUACUUCAUAGAAUUCUGUUGUUUCCGAUGCCAACACUUGCUAUUUUAAAUGGAAGUACUUAUGCAUUCGGAGCUUUUCUGGCAUUUGCACAUGAUAUACGCACAAUGAGCACUGAUAAAACAGUUUUGUCAUUUACUGCUGUUCAUGAAAAAAGACGAGUUAGUGGAUUUAUCAGAGACUAUUUGAAGAUAAAGUUAGGAGGUGGAAAAAAUGUAGCUGAUGCACUAAUAUUGGCCAGGCAUUACAAAGCAAAAGAUGCUCAUAAAAGUCUGCUUGUCCAUGCCAUUCAUCCUGAGGCCUCACUGUUGGACUACUCAUUGCAGGUACUGGAAUCCUUCUUAGUUCCUGGACCCUUUCCAAGAGAAGGAAUUUUAGGAAUGAAGAGCGACAUCUACAAGCAGCCAAUAGAUUCCUUUGUAGAAGAUCUGAACAUGAAGAGACCAUUCUUUGUGGUUCAAUAUAUGACACCCACACAGUUGGCCAAUUACAAAGCUUGAAGCUCAUGAAAAUGAUGGACUAGUUAGUGACAAAUGAAAAUGUUUGUAUGCUAGCUGUUUUUCCUUUCUUUGGACUCUUUAAAUUGAUAUUAUUUUUUUUAAAACUCACUUGUGAUGAGAGUGACUUAAUCUAGAUCUACUUCUAAUGUGAGCUAUUCACCGCCAGCAAUCGCUUUUCAUAGUCAAAUGUCCUGUUCAGUCCAUUUCUUUUUUGCUCCAGACUUGACCAACUUUUGGUGUCAGUCUCUUUUUGUGCCGCCAGGAGCUACAUAAACAACCUCUUUCAUGCCCUGUAGAGUCCACCUAAGUAACUGCCAAAUGAAGGCUAGUUCUGGGAACUAAAAAUAGCAUUCUUUCCAGCUCUUACUGUUAUGGAAACAAAUCUACAAUGUUUUAUGUUUGUGUGUAUGCUUGAUACUUUAAUGAAACAUGUUUUUUUAUUUGUUCGUAAGUUAUUUAGGGGUAAAUUUGCUGGCUUUAAAAAUAUCAUGGGAUAUUAUGCUAAUUUAAUAUAAAUGAUUCACUGUUGCCUUAUAUUUUUUUUAACCUUUAGAUAAGAAUUGUACAAAUAUUAUUUUUUUCUAUUACCAUGUACUGGAGUCUGUGAAAGUGAUAAGAGAACUGUGUUUAGCUGUACGAUGACAUUUUUUGUUCACAAUGAUGUCUGCAAUAAUUAUUUUUUAAAAACUUGAAUAUUAUUACAAUUGAUCAUUUCAGUAACCAAAUUUUAAGAGAAUUCUAGGACAUAGAUCAGCAAACACUAGUGACCCCAUUCCUUUGUCCCUGUUUGUCCUUGAAUCUCAAUAGUCCUAUGUCAGUCUUGAAGCUGUGUUUCUAAUAUGCAAAGUAAGAACUAGGAAAGAAAAUCUUGAAUUACAUUUGUUUAUCCCAGAGAUUGAAAAAGUAUGUAAGGCAAUCAGAAUUUUUCAUUCUUUUUUUUCUUUUUUUUUUGAAAAAGAUCAUCUCAUUUCAUCAGAAUUGUUUGACUUAAUUUUGCUCAUACAUUAUAUCAAUUUUGUUCUACUCUAAUACAACAUGGUGGCUCAAAUCUCUGACAGAUGAUGUCUUGGAUAUUGUAAUAUAUGUACAUACUUGCUUUCACCUAUGCAGAAAAUGCUUAUGAAUACUACAAGGUCUUAAAAAACAUCUUAAUCUACUUGAUAUAAACAUAGAGUUGUGUUUCUAAGUAAUUUUCACAUCCAUUUGUUUAGUCCAAAGGAUGUUUAUAUUGUUUUAAAUAUUAUUUAUUGCAAAAAUAAAAAUGCCUAUGGUCAUUCUAAAAACAAAGUUUGAAAUAAUAUCUAUUGAGUUAAUAUUGUUUUCUUUAAAAUUCAAUUUUAAAAAAUUAGAACAAUAAAAAUAUUUCACUGCAA